CUGUUGGCUGUAUUCUUCCGCUAGCGCCAAGAUUCUCCCGUUCAACGUCAACUUCACCGAGAUCAUCAGUAGCGGCGACAGGGACAGGAAGUACAGACAAAUUAUCGAUUAAUUGCCAAUGUGUAAGGCAACUGAGCGGCCGAGAUGACGCUUUAACGUUGACGAACUGUCGAGACAUUUUCAUACGCGGGAACUAUUUCGAGAUAGAGGGGCGGCGUUGGCGGCCAUGAUGGGUGUCAGCGGCGAGUAGCGACAGUGUUCGGUCUCCGUCAGUUGGUUUUGCGCUUUGAUGAUUGACGUCGAGCAUUCGGGGGAUAAAAGGCGUUCGAUAAGUGGGAAUAGUUCGUAAGUGGAUACAGUCGGACUCGCAGCCGCACGGCUAUUCCGCGGAAGAGACAGUGGCUGAAAAAUACAGUGAUACUUUGAAUAUUUCGGCAAAAUGACGCAGCUAUUGCCCAUAAGGUUCCAAGAACAUCUUCAGCUUACAGCUGUAGGAAUUAAUGCCAGUAAUGUCAGCUUUAAUACGCUUACUAUGGAAUCUGAUAAAUUUAUUUGUGUAAGAGAAAAAGUUGGUGAUACUGCUCAAGUGGUUAUUAUCGAUAUGAAUGAUUCUGCUAAUCCCAUUAGAAGACCAAUAUCUGCUGAUUCUGCAAUUAUGAAUCCAGCCAGUAAAGUCAUCGCUCUUAAAGCUAUGAAAACACUCCAAAUUUUCAACAUUGAAAUGAAGUCAAAGAUGAAAGCUCAUACAAUGACAGAGGAUGUGGUGUUUUGGAAGUGGAUAUCGCUGAACACAUUGGCACUGGUGACGGAAACUGCGGUAUAUCACUGGUCCAUGGAAGGUGACUCUACGCCGAAUAAAAUGUUCGAGCGUCAUUCAUCGUUAAACGGCUGUCAGAUUAUCAAUUAUAGAACAGAUCCAAAACAAACAUGGCUAUUAUUGAUCGGUAUUUCGGCGCAGCAUAACCGAGUAGUCGGCGCUAUGCAACUCUAUUCCGUGGAACGAAAGUGCUCGCAGCCAAUCGAGGGACAUGCCGCUUCCUUUGCUCAAUUCAAGAUGGAAGGAAACGCGGAAGCGAGUAAUCUGUUUUGCUUCGCUGUCAGAACGGUCCAGGGAGCGAAGCUUCAUAUCAUUGAAGUGGGUCAACCACCAGCGGGUAACCAUCCGUUCCCGAAGAAGGCGGUAGACGUUUUCUUCCCGCCCGAAGCUGGAAAUGAUUUUCCCGUCGCUAUGCAAGUUAGCUCGAAAUAUGAUGUCAUAUAUUUAAUCACGAAAUACGGUUAUAUUCAUAUGUACGAUAUCGAGUCGGCUACCUGUAUAUUUAUGAAUCGCAUCUCAGGCGAGACUAUAUUCGUCACUGCGCCUCACGAAGCUUCCGGUGGUAUAAUCGGAGUCAAUCGCAAGGGUCAGGUUCUGUCAGUUUCCGUGGAUGAGGAGAAUAUAAUUCCGUACAUCAAUGGAGUGCUGCAGAAUUCAGAAUUGGCCCUGAGAAUGGCCGUAAGGAACAAUCUGUCCGGUGCCGAAGAUCUGUUCGUAAGGAAAUUCAACAUGCUCUUCCAGAACGGCCAAUACGCAGAAGCGGCAAAAGUCGCGGCCAAUGCGCCGAAGGGGAUACUCCGUACGCCCGCGACGAUACAACGAUUUCAACAAGUUCCGACUACCCAGGGACAAACCUCGCCUCUUCUGCAAUAUUUCGGCAUUCUUUUAGACCAAGGACAGUUGAAUAAAUACGAGUCGUUGGAGCUGUGCCGUCCGGUGUUGGUCCAAGGACGCAAGCAGUUACUAGAGAAAUGGCUGAAGGAGGACAAGCUGGAGUGCAGCGAAGAGCUGGGCGAUUUGGUAAAGCAAGCGGAUCCUACGUUGGCAUUGAGCGUUUAUCUGCGAGCCAACGUCCCCAAUAAGGUUAUACAAUGCUUCGCGGAAACCGGCCAAUUUCAGAAGAUCGUGCUCUAUGCCAAAAAAGUCUCCUACACGCCCGACUAUAUAUUCCUCUUGCGAAACGUCAUGAGGAUCAAUCCUGACCAAGGAGUCGCGUUCGCGCAGAUGCUGGUGCAAGACGACGAGCCGUUGGCUGAUAUAAAUCAGAUCGUCGAUAUAUUCAUGGAGCAGAAUAUGGUGCAACAAUGCACGGCGUUUUUGUUGGACGCGCUCAAGAACAAUCGACCAAGCGAGGGUGCCUUACAGACUCGUCUCUUGGAGAUGAACUUGAUGUCCGCCCCACAAGUAGCCGACGCUAUAUUAGGCAAUCAGAUGUUCACCCAUUACGAUAGAGCUCACGUCGCGCAGUUAUGCGAGAAGGCUGGUCUUUUACAACGCGCUCUCGAGCACUACACAGACUUGUACGACAUCAAAAGAGCAGUGGUACAUACCCACUUGCUCUCACCCGACUGGCUCGUAGGGUUUUUCGGGACUUUGUCUGUGGAGGAUUCUCUCGAGUGUUUGAAGGCCAUGUUAACGGCCAAUAUACGACAGAACCUGCAGAUCUGCAUACAAAUUGCCACCAAGUAUCACGAGCAACUGACGACAAAGGCGCUGAUAGAUCUGUUCGAGAGCUUCAAGUCUUACGAGGGCCUUUUCUACUUCUUGGGUUCGAUCGUAAAUUUCAGCCAAGAUCAAGAAGUACAUUUCAAGUACAUACAGGCGGCCUGCAAGACUGGCCAGAUAAAGGAGGUAGAACGUAUAUGUCGGGAGAGCAACUGUUAUAAUCCGGAGCGUGUGAAGAACUUCCUGAAGGAAGCCAAAUUGUCUGACCAACUGCCGCUGAUAAUCGUCUGCGAUCGAUUCGACUUUGUCCACGAUCUCGUUCUCUAUCUUUACCGCAAUAAUCUGCAGAAGUAUAUCGAGAUUUACGUCCAGAAAGUGAACCCGUCGCGUCUACCCGUGGUCGUGGGUGGUCUGUUAGAUGUCGACUGCUCGGAAGACAUCAUCAAGAACCUGAUACUCGUAGUGCGUGGGCAGUUCUCCACCGACGAGCUUGUCGAGGAGGUCGAGAAGAGGAAUCGGCUGAAACUCUUGCUGCCAUGGCUGGAAUCGCGCGUGCACGAGUGUUGCGUGGAGCCUGCCACGCACAACGCAUUAGCCAAGAUUUAUAUCGACAGCAACAACAAUCCCGAACGAUUUCUCAAGGAGAAUCAGUUCUACGACAGCAGAGUCGUCGGCAAGUACUGCGAAAAACGUGACCCGCAUUUGGCUUGUAUCGCAUAUGAGCGUGGCCAAUGCGACCGCGAGUUGAUAAGUGUAUGCAAUGAAAACAGCCUCUUCAAAAGUGAGGCUAGGUACCUGGUAAGACGUAGAGACCCCGAUCUCUGGGCGGAGGUUCUGCUAGAGAGCAAUCCGUACAAACGACCGUUGAUCGAUCAGGUGGUUCAAACGGCAUUAUCUGAAACUCAAGAUCCCGAAGAUAUAUCGGUUACGGUGAAAGCUUUCAUGACGGCCGACCUGCCUAAUGAGCUGAUCGAGCUUCUCGAGAAGAUAGUGCUGGAUAGCAGCGUAUUCAGCGAUCAUCGCAAUUUGCAAAAUCUCUUGAUACUGACGGCCAUUAAAGCUGAUCGCACACGCGUCAUGGAAUAUAUCAAUCGUUUGGACAAUUACGACGCCCCGGAUAUCGCCAACAUUGCGAUCAACAAUGAGCUCUACGAGGAAGCCUUUGCUAUAUUCAAGAAGUUUGACGUUAACACGUCCGCCAUUCAGGUGUUGAUCGAACAGGUUAACAACUUGGACAGAGCUUACGAAUUUGCGGAAAGAUGUAACGAGCCGCCGGUAUGGUCGCAGCUUGCCAGGGCUCAAUUGCAACAAGGUCUGGUUAAGGAAGCGAUCGACAGUUUUAUCAAAGCAGACGAUCCCUCGGCGUACGUGGAUGUAGUGGAAACUGCUCAUCGGACCUCGCAUUGGGAAGAUCUAGUUCGCUAUCUUCAGAUGGCUCGCAAGAAAGCACGCGAAUCCUUCAUCGAGAGCGAAUUGAUAUACGCGUACGCGCGGACUAAUCGGCUUGCGGACCUCGAGGAAUUUAUAUCAGGCCCUAAUCACGCUGAUAUCCAGAAGAUUGGCGACCGAUGUUUUGACGACAAGAUGUACGACGCCGCGAAGCUUCUCUACAAUAACGUAUCCAACUUCGCGCGCCUGGCCAUUACCCUGGUGCAUCUGAAAGAAUUCCAAGGUGCCGUGGACAGUGCGCGUAAGGCCAAUUCAACGCGCACUUGGAAAGAGGUCUGUUUCGCCUGCGUGGACAGUGGCGAGUUUCGUUUGGCACAGAUGUGCGGCCUACACAUAGUCGUACACGCGGACGAACUCGAGGACUUGAUCAAUUAUUAUCAAGAUCGCGGUCAUUUCGAGGAGCUGAUUAAUCUCCUAGAAGCCGCUUUAGGACUCGAACGCGCUCACAUGGGAAUGUUCACCGAGCUGGCGAUUCUUUACAGCAAAUACAAGCCUCAACGAAUGAGGGAACACCUGGAGCUCUUCUGGUCACGUGUCAAUAUACCAAAGGUGCUACGCGCAGCGGAACAGGCUCACUUGUGGGCCGAGCUGGUAUUUCUGUACGACAAGUAUGAAGAAUACGACAAUGCGGUCCUCGCAAUGAUGCAACAUCCCACCGAGGCUUGGCGGGAGGGUCAUUUCAAAGACGUGAUCACUAAAGUGGCUAAUGUUGAGCUCUACUACAAGGCUAUACAGUUUUACGUGGAAUACAAACCCCUUCUGCUGAACGAUAUAUUGCUCGUGCUGGCUCCACGCAUGGAUCACACCAGAUCUGUAGCGUACUUCACGAGAACCGGUCAUCUACAAUUGGUGAAGCCGUACUUGCGAUCGGUCCAAGCUCUUAAUAACAAAGCUAUUAACGAGGCGCUGAACGGCUUGUUGAUUGACGAGGAAGAUUACCAAGGUCUUCGCACAUCGAUCGAUGCUUUCGAUAAUUUUGAUAACAUCGCAUUGGCGCAGCAGCUUGAGAAGCAUGAAUUGAUUGAAUUCAGGAGAAUCGCCGCGUACUUGUACAAGGGAAACAACAGAUGGAAACAGUCGGUGGAGCUUUGCAAAAAGGACCGAUUGUUCAGGGAUGCUAUGGAAUAUGCAGCAGAGUCACGGAAUCCGGAGGUUGCUCAAGAAUUGCUCGAAUGGUUCUUGGAGAGAGGCUCGAAGGAUUGCUUCGCCGCAUGCCUAUUUCAUUGUUACGACUUACUUCAUCCAGACGUUAUCUUAGAGCUUGCAUGGAGACAUCGUAUCUUACAUUUCGCUAUGCCGUACCUCAUUCAGGUCGCGCGGGAAUAUAUAACCAAGGUUGAUAAGUUAGAAGAAGCCGAAAGUCGACGAAUUGAGGAGACCGAUCAUCAGGAACACAAACCUAUGAUUAUGCCGGAACCUCAGCUGAUGUUGACCGCAGGACCAGGAAUGAUGGCACCGGGCUACGCGCCUCAGAACGUAUACGCUACACCCGCACAAAGCGUGUACGCAUCCACCGCCGCAGCCUAUCAAGGUUACGGUAUGUGAAAUACAUUUAACAGGACAGAUCAACAAAGUCUACUUUUCUAUAAAGUUUAGGUAGAAACUUGAGAUUGUUUGGUUAGCUUAUAUAAUAUUGUCGAAGCGAAUAUAUGAAUAUGAGUGAAUAUCAUUAAAGGCGUAAAAACUCACAUUUAGAUCAUGAUUAUAACGAACGAUGAGAUGUAUUAGGACACACAAAGAAUCCUAUCACACGCUAUCCAAGUGUAAACUUGUAAUUUAUAGGAGAGACAUUGUCGAGUAAACAAUUAUAUCAUAUCGUUUAAACAGUCUAAUUUGGAUUUUUUGUGAAACGCAUACACACUGUUAUGUCAAAUAUAACGCAUAAUAACGCGUAAAGAGGAAAAUUCCCCCUCCUUUUCUUUUCUUUUUAAUAUCGCGAUGCUGAAAUUUUUCUAUUAAAUUUAAUCAUCGUUACACAGCGACAGUAAAGAGGUAUAUAGAUAUAUAUAUAUAUAUGUACAUGUACAUUGUAAGACAGAUAUAAUUUCGCUGUAUUUUGCUCGCACGUGUAUGUAUGUGCGUCUACGUGCCUUUCUUUUGACUACUGAAAGAGGAGAGAAACAAAUUACUUCGUUUAAAAUCAAUCUUGUAUUCUCGAUUUGUCAUUUCCAUACAAAUUACAAAACAUUUACUUUUCCAGAUAGACCUCGAUUUUAAAUAGUUCCCGUGUAUUUUUCAGUGGCAAUUUAAAACCGAUGUAAUAUUGACGAGUUCCGAUAUUCGAAAAAGAAUAAUUAUGUUGAUUAUUCGUAAGCUAAAGCAAUUACAUUUCGCGAAUCUGAAUUCGACGAAAUAUUACAUCAGAAUUAAAAUCGAAUUAUGUAUCAUCUAAACUAUUAGAAGCAAUAGGUUAAAUAUUCAGUUUUAAAAGUUGAUCUUUUCUUUCUACUUUCUAAAAAUGGUGGCAUUAUGAAAACUAUAUAUAGAUUUUAGUAACAUCGUAGUGCGCAAUGAAUCACAGCGAAAAUAAGGCGUCCUCGUAAAUUUAUAUAUAAUAAGAGCAUCUUUUUAGAUCGGGUAGAUCAUAUAUUGUUAUAUUGGUAUAUAACGAGAUCUUUAAAAAUUGGAGAGGAAAUCUGUAGAAGUUAAAAAAAAAAGUAUAUAUUCGCGUGUCUAUAAUACAUCAUUCUAGACCUAUGUGUAUAUUUGCUUAAACGUGAUGGUGCAAACGCAUGUUCGCAGUUAGUUUGAUUUGCAUAAAUGAUCGUUCGUAAAAUAAAAUUGAUCAUCGGUACCGAAAUUGAUGGCAAGAUCUUAUUGUCUUACCAGUAUAUCGAAAUAUAUACAAUAGAGUGAGCUUUUUGCUCGAUC